AUGUCAAGCCCACUGGCAAGGCCUUUGAGCUGAUCGCCAGCUGUGCACCUGUUCCUGGCCAACCACCCUCGUCUUUCUUCCUGUAACGAAUAAUAUCCUUGACUCCGGUGUCCGGAUUCCUUUUCCGCUUCUGUCUUUCGUUUCUUUCGCUCGCUCGUUCACCAACCUCCUCACAUGUCCGCUCCGCCUUCACCCAUUAUCGGACCAGUGGCUCAUGACAAAGGACUCACGAAACGGAGAGACAGACCGCCGACGCUGAAUUUUGGUGAUCAGAAGGCUGCGUCGGACGGAGACGUACGAUAUGAACGCGAUACUCGCAAGGACGCUCAGCAUCUGCUCCUUCGAGUGCAUAAUAAAGACAAAGAUAUGGAGACGGAAACGGAGACGUCUCGAUCGGACUCUGCAACGUCGUCAUUGGAUCCAUACUACUUCAGCGCGCAGAGCCCAUCUGAGUCUCCUGUUCCCGCCCUCUUAGAUGCGGAGCACCUACCAAAAACACCGGAAAUGUGUGCAGUGAACGAACCAGUCACGCCAGGCAAAGAUCUUGCUGCCAUUGACAGACGAGGACUGGUCGGGGUAGGUGAGCUCGCCACCCCACGCUGGACGCGGGGAUCACACCAUGAGGAGGUUGAGAUCGACGAGCCGGUCAGCGAAGUGGACGAACAGGAAGUGGACGAAGUAGACAACGAGUUCAUUGUGGAGGAGUUAGAGAGGGACAUGCCUGACAGCCCUUGGACCAUCGAGGCUGUAGACGGCGAACCAGAGGAGCAGGAUGAGUUCGUUGAAGUGAAGGCUGUGCCGCGUUCGUUACGUUCCCGUCCAUCUAUGGCAGACGAGAGCGGCGGAGAAGAGAUAUUGUAUCCUCGCCAUGCACAUCCUGCUGAUGAUUUCAAGCGUGCAGGAAGCAUCGAAGGCUCUCAUGAUGGCAGCGAAACAGUUAUUCCUGACCUUUCUCUGGUAGGGAUUGACGCAUCCUUUGGUACGACUGCGCAAGAACGGUUAGACUCAUCUCCCCCGAGUGCCUUCCCCGCGAUUACGAGCCGUCCAAGGAAGCGGACCUCGGAUGAAUUUGAGAUGGAUCAGGUUGGCAAUUUCAUCCCGACACAUUCCUCGGCUUUGUCGACUGGCAGCGCGAAGGAGAAGGCUUCUGUGCGCAGACAUCGCAGUCUCGUUCUCGGACCAGUGGUGUCGGCCACGCCACGAGACAAGCUGAAGGAUCGCCGAAGAGACACACUCUCGGUAAACGUCAAGCAUUCCAGACAAACGUCAACAAGUUCCUCGUCUUCUAGCCAUGGAGAGAACCAUCAUUCGCGACGUGCUCAUGCAUCCGACUUCUCCCAUUUGCCACCCUCUCCGUCCACCUCGUCGAUCCAGCAGUUCUUGAAACACGGAGGAAGCACGGCAACAUCUCCUUCUCAUAACGUGUCGAGAGAGAGAGAGACCUUGCAUUCCUCAGUGCAUGUUGCCCAUUCGCUCUUGCGAGGAACUCAAGAAGGUUGGUCAGAUCUUGAUGACCAGAGUACUGUGGAGGCUCUUCGGAAGUUGGACGGGUUGUCUGGGCGAAGUGCGCGAGCGAGGUCGAGCAUCGGUGCUCAUAGUAGGUUGGGUAGCUCUAGCCGACCGUCUACUCCCGCAACGGCUUCGUCUCAAUGGGAAGGCGUGGAGGGCGGAAGAGGAAGCAAGCGCACGAGUACUUACGUUACAGUGAAGGACAAGACUCAGGGAAAGGAACAGCAUAGUGCCCACAGGCAGAAUAUUGGUCCCGGUAUCGGUGCAGCAGACGUGUUCACCGAUGUGGAGGUCGCUGGAUUCCCAUUGAACGCAUCUGAGGACACAUGCACGAAUUCCCAGUUACCAGAGAAGCCGUUGAAGAAGUCUAACUCCAUCAACGCGCGAGGUGGCUUCGCUACGAAGCGUGGGUCGGCCUCAUCUGGUACUUAUACCAGUACUCCAACAACUAGUUCGCGAGACUCUGCUACCUUGUCUAUCAGCACAAAUGCCACGUCAGUAUCCACCACCUCAGGUCGACAAUCAUCAAACAAGGGCAGGAGAAAUAGUGCGGGAAGUGAUAUGUCCGCUGGACUCUCUGUUGAAGCCAACCACGUCCGGGAUCGUGCUGCUGCGCUUCCUAUUCCUUCUGACGCGAUUGACGACAAUGAAGUCCCCCCUGUACCUCCUCUACCGAAGGAUUUCAAGCUACCAUCGCAAGGUUCGGUAUCUGCAGUGACCUCUCCACCCGACACUAUCGGGGCUUCCAAAACGAAAAGGGAGACAGUCAGCGAGGCCACUUUUCAAACGACGCUUGACGUUCCCAUAGUCACCGAAACGCCCUCUAAGCAUGCCUCAAUGCAAGUGCAAGAAUCUGCCACCCCGACAGCUGUGCAUAAGACACCGUCGAAGAAGUGGAGUUUCUCAAAUGCUCUGGGCAAGAAGCUCUCGAACUCGCCUUCCACCUCGUCUAUGAAGGAGUCCGCAGCUCCUAAGUCUCCUGGCUUUCCCAUCACCCCCCGCUCGCUCAGUUUUGGCGCGCAGCUGAGGAAGUCUGUCUCUAGGGAACAUCCAACAUCUCCGGGAUCCAAGACGACCACGGACGAGUGGUUGUCGGUGAACACAGCAGCUAUGGCCUCAGCAACAUCAUUGGCAUCUGUCUCGUCAGCGGGUUCUCCUAAGGAACUGGUGUCAACGCCAUUGUCGCCCGCGGCUUCUGGGACGUCCUUGCAACCUCCCAUUGCUAAAUCCAGAACACCAGAUCAAUUGGUACCGAGCCGACCAGGGACAGCUUCAAGUGUGAGCACAAACGUGCCUGUCACGCGAGCACCUCUCAGCCCAUCUUCAUCGAUUCGUCGAGGACCAUCUUCGAAACGUCUGACUCCGUCGUCAAUACCAUUCUUCCGCCGCUCUUCUUCACAAUCCAUGCAAGUGCCUCCGUCAAACACAAUGCCUCCACCGCCGUCCCCAACAGGCCUUGCAGCUAUUUCCUCAGCCCGUCUUCGUACCACAAGCCGAUCUCCUUCAAGAGAUUCUAGGCUGUUGUCUCCUUCCGCAACCGGUCCAUCGCAAAAGAAAUCUUCGGUCCUAAGCUUAGGCCUACCGUCAUUGCUAAAGAGCUCCAGCUCGAGACGAAGUCUUCACUCUGACAAAGAGAAGAAUGAUUCUAAGAGCGGAAAAGAGGACCAAGGAAGUAAAUCAGACAAGGAAAAGCACAAGAAAGACGAGAAAGAGCGCAGCGAGAGCAGAAUCUCAGUACUGAUGGGAAGGAGGCGAGGCAAGACUGUUUCAUCCGCUCAAGCUACACCGAAGAAGCUGGAACAGGUGCCAUUGCCACCCAUGCAGAUAUCGGCACUAUCUGCGGCUACUGCUCAGCGGGUCGCCAGUUUGAAAUCGUCAUCAACUUCUCUCUCGUCUAAUCCGUCGGUGUCGUCCUCGAGUAAAUCGACUUCAUCAUCGAGGACCACCUUUCAGACCGCCAGCUCGUUGCAGAAGGGUUCUGACACUUCGUUGCGCAGUCGAAACCAACUUCCUACGAUUGCUGGCUCCCCAUCUGUUGGUAGCAUUAACCCACAUGCAACGAAGGAGUCCAGGGAUCCAAUUCCUUCAUCGUCACUGAACCCCACGUCUAGUCUUACCAAGGAGACUCCUACCAAAAUACCUCGAAUUUCAAGCCGGUCCUCUACGACGAAUUCCCCGACGUUCAAAGCGAACGGGGGUAAUCGUCGAGCGAGUCUAUUGGUGGGAAAUCCUGUUCACGUUCCGUCGCGUGACACCUCCCCAAAUGUGGGCCAUGAGUCAACGAAUGAAUUCGGCGUGUUCGAAACCGCACAAUCGUUGGGAUCUAAAGUGGUAAUGGCCAGCCAACGUCAUUCUGCCCGGGUAUCUCCGUCCAUCACAUCGCGCGUCCCUCGCCAGGCUACGGCGCCAGCAAUCACUACCACUGUCAACGGUACAGCUCCUCGUAAGAACCGAGACUCGAUGUCGUUCGGCGGAUUGCGUAAGUCCUCGACAGGGUCCGUAGCGUCGGUCUCAUUGGUUGCACCGCAAAAUGAGGGACAGUCGUCUCAUCGAUUCUCGGCAUUGUCUCCAUCUAAGGGGCUCAAAUUGUUGAGUCCGAAGAUGUCUAUUCCUACAUCUAGAUCCUCGAACUCGUCUUCGACCCCUAGCAUUCAUCAGGCAAUGGCAUCACCUUCCAUGAGUAGACAGUCAUUGUCGACGCCAUCACCAGCGCCCAGUUCGGUCGAUGAAGAGGAGGUCGCUGGCGAUGAGGAGAUGCUGCAGUACAUCAGGAGGCAACACGCGAAGAAGCUAGCGACUGGGGCGACACAGGAAGAACUUGACAAGAUGUUACGUUUCCCGGAACCGAUUUCUCCAAUUGCUCCUAUCUCUCCUACUGCCCUGUUACAGAGCCCUCAGGCACAGUUCCUAUCGGAAUUUGAGCGCGAAGAGGUUCUGAAGUACGGAUCUGUAUACUACAUAGGUGCUCACAGCGACAAGAAACGGGCAACGUUGGGAAACUCGACGAACAACCACGGUUAUGAUGACGAACGUGGUGACUAUCUGGUCGUCAAUCAUGACCACUUAGCAUACCGCUACGAAGUGAUCGACACACUAGGGAAGGGUUCAUUUGGUCAGGUUCUACAUUGCCGUGAUCAUUACACAGGCGAGUCUGUGGCUGUCAAGAUUAUUCGAAACAAGAAACGGUUUCACCACCAGGCCCUUGUUGAGAUCAAGAUUCUAGAUAGCUUACGGAAAUGGGAUCAGGAUGAGAAGCAUCAUGUCAUUAAAAUGACCGAAAACUUCUACUUCCGUGGACAUCUGUGCAUUGCGAUGGAGUUGUUGAGCAUCAACUUGUAUGAAUUGAUCAAAGCCAAUGGUUUUGCUGGGUUCACGACGGCAUUAAUCCGGCGCUUCACAAGCCAGAUGCUUCAGUCCUUAUGUUUGAUGCGGCACCAUCGCAUUGUACAUUGCGAUUUAAAGCCUGAAAAUGUCCUCCUCCGGCAUCCUGCGAAAAGCGCUAUCAAAGUCAUUGACUUUGGCAGUAGCUGUUUCGAGCAUGAGAAAAUCUAUACGUACAUCCAGAGCCGUUUUUACCGGUCUCCGGAAGUCAUCCUAGGUAUGAAUUACCACAUGGCAAUUGAUAUGUGGAGUCUGGGAUGCAUACUCGCCGAGCUAUACACUGGAUAUCCCAUAUUUCCCGGCGAGAAUGAACAAGAACAACUCUCUUGCAUCAUGGAGGUUCUCGGUGUACCCGACAAGGACUUCAUCAACCGCAGCUCUCGUAAGAGGCUUUUCUUUGAAAGGGUAGAUACCACCGGCGCACCUCGUCCGGUUGUCAACUCCAAAGGUCGCCGUAGGAGACCCGGCGCAAGGACCCUUGCGCAGGUUCUGCGGUGCGAUGACGAGCACUUUGUGGACUUCAUAUCAAAGUGUCUCGUCUGGGAUCCGGAGAAGAGGAUCAAGCCUCAGGCUGCUCUGCGACAUCCCUUCAUCACCGCCGGCCGACGUUCCAGGAUUACGAGCCCGAGUGCCACCCCAUCAAAGUCUAACUUGACGUCGACGUCAGGAUUCAGCAGCAUUCGCAGCAGCAAACAAGCUCCCGAGACACCAAAGAAGUCUAUGAUUAGUGCGCCAACUCCCUUAACAGCCCGUUCCACCCGUACCGCCACUACCAGCACGCCAAGCGCUUCGACUUCUCUGCAACUGGGCUCAUCUCGGACAUAUCGAACGCCUCAGACCCAGUCGAUGACGUCGUACCAUUCGAGUCGCACCAUGGUGAGCAAUUACCUCUGCAUGUGCGCUGUAAGCUAA